GCGCCUGAGCCGCGCCGCGAUGGCGGCGGGUCCCUCAGGGGCGGCGUAGAGGCUGCCCCUGCCGGGCCCAGCGCUUCCUGCUCGCACGGGCCAUGGCGCGGCCCGUGGCCGCGUACGAGGCGGCGGUGCCGGCCCGGUCCGCCUGCACCUACACCAGCUGCUACUGCGAAGAAAAUGUUUGGAAGCUUUGUGACUACAUCAGGAGUCAGAAUCGGUACCCUUUAGAAGAGUUUUAUGCUGUUUUCAUAUCCAAUGACAGGAGGAUGAUUCCCCUCUGGAAGCAGAAAUCUGGACAUGGAGAUGAGCCUGUUGUCUGGGACUACCAUGUUAUUCUACUUCAUGUUCCCAACGGGGAGCAGAACUUCAUUUAUGAUCUUGACACAGUGUUGCCGUUUCCGUGUCCAUUUGAUGUGUACAGUGUGGAGGCCUUUAGGCUGGAUGACAGCCUUCGUCCAGAAUUUCACAGAAAAAUCAGAAUGGUUCGAGCAGAUUUGUACUUGAAGACAUUUGCUUCAGACAGAUCUCAUAUGAAGGAUGCAAAUGGGAAAUGGCAGAAACCUCCUCCUCCAUACCCUUGCAUUGAAACUGCAGACUCCAAAAUGAACUUGGAUGAUUUCAUCAGUAUGAAUCCCAAUGUGGGAUGGGGCUCAGUGUUCCGCCUUGCGGACUUUGUGCAUCGAUUUGGCAGACAGAGUGAUUACAGCUACUCCUUGGAAGAACAGUGAAGUGAACAAGGAAGUUCUCCCUGCUUCUGUUUUGCAUGGAUGUGUUUUGUUUUGCUGCUCUUACAUGGUGUUUAUGGUUUACAUUUCUGUACAUGGAAUAAGUACUUGGAAAAAUAGAAUACCCAGUCAGAAAUAUCAUGAACCGAAUAAAAACUUUUAUUUUGAUUAUGUAA